UAUGUAUGGACUCAUGGGCCCCCGGCCGUCGCCCCCUACCUCUGGCUUCUGAGCCGGCCCUGCUUGGGACCGCCAGGGCCGCCGGCCGCUGCCGCCAGGCCACCAUCGACCAGGCCGGGUCCAUGUUCCAGCGCGUGGCGGCCGCCGCCCUCUCCACCCGACCCGCUCCCGCUACCGCUCCAGCCGCGCCACCGAUUCCCUCCCGCGCCCCCGCCCUCCAUGAACCUCUCGGAGGACUGGCGCUUCCUCUUCCCGGUCUCUGCCGUCUUCGCGGCGCCAUCCGCUGCCCCGCUGCCCGCCGCCGCCUCCUCCCGCGGGCCACUCCACUUCUCCGCUCUCCCGCCUCGCGCCCCGCUGCUCUCCCUCCCCUACCGCAUCCUGCCGCCGCGCUCCUCCACCCGCCGCCUGGACCGCCACCUCCGCUCGUUUGUCCGGGGCACCUCCUUCCUCCCGCAGCCGUCUCUGCCCUCCUCGCCUCCGUCCAAUCUGAUCGCCGUCCUCCGCCGCCCCCGCCUCUCCUCGUGCUCUCUUAUCCUCUUCUUCCCCUACGGCGAGAAUGCGGAGCAUGUUGCCUUUGUUACUCUGGAUGCCACCACGGCCACUGGUUCCACGCCCGUCUCGCCGGCCGUUCAGAGGGACGGGCUCAUGCACCCGGGUCAACGAAUCCAGCAGCUUGCUACCUCUGUUAAUGUGCCGUCUUGGCCGUCGGAGCCGGAAGACGGCCUUGAGGGGUUCCUGCUUGCCGUGACAAUGCAUUCCCUGAAUUGUUUCGGGGUCGAGUCACGGGGUUUGGGUACUUCGGCCCUAGUGCCGGCUGCCAAGCAGGGGUUCGACUCUGUCAUUGUGCAUGCUUGUUGGAGCAGGCAUUUGCCCUCUGAAUGUAUUGUGUUGCUGGAGAGUGGGGAGUUGUGCUGGUUCAAUCUGGAUACACGGCAAGGUGGGAAAAUGAAAAUUGAUUUUGGCAGCAAGGAUGACUGUGGAGACUGGCUAUGCUGUGACUAUGGGACUCAACCGUGGAUGGAAGCUCUACAGUAACAGAGUUCCUGCUUUCAAAAGGAAUACGUGUUGACAUAGACUAUGGCCAUGGGACACCACUUUAUCAUGCUUGUAUCAAUGAACAGGAUGAGACCGUGAAGGUUUUGUUGAACCAUCAUGCAAAUGUAAUCAGCCUCACCCUUUCUUAUUUUGUUUUGAUUUAUUUUCAAGGUUCUUAUGGAUAGAAAUAAAUUUUCUUUGCUUGAACAACUACUUAGAUAACAUGGACAAUUAUGUGUUUUAACCAGGCUGUUUGGUUGCCUGA